CAGUCGGCGUCCAGCAGUAGCCCUGGGCUCUUCUCGGCUGCGGGAGCCGCUGCUCCAAUGCCCCACAGCGGCCAUGAGCAUCCCACACUGGUGGGACCAGCUGCGGGCCGGCAGCUCGGAGGUGGAUUGGUGCGAGGACAACUACACCAUCGUGCCUGCCAUCGCCGAGUUCUACAACACGAUCAGCAACGUCUUAUUUUUCGUUUUACCGCCCAUCUGCAUGUGUUUAUUUCGCCAGUACGCAACAUGCUUCAACAGUGGGAUCUACCUAAUAUGGACGCUCUUAGUUGUAGUGGGAAUUGGAUCCGUCUACUUCCAUGCAACCCUAAGUUUCUUGGGUCAGAUGCUCGAUGAACUUGCAAUCCUUUGGGUUCUGAUGUGUGCUCUGGCCAUGUGGUUCCCCAGAAGGUAUCUACCAAAGGUCUUUCGGAAUGACAGGGGCAGGUUCAAGGCGGUGGUCUGCGUCCUUUCUGCCGUCACGACAUGCCUGGCGUUUGUCAAGCCCGCCAUCAACAACAUCUCUCUGAUGACCCUCGGGGUUCCUUGCACUGUGCUGCUCAUUGCAGAGCUAAGAAGGUGUGACAAUGUGCGUGUCUUCAAGCUGGGCCUCUUCUCGGGCCUCUGGUGGACCCUGGCGCUCUUCUGCUGGAUCAGUGACCGAGCCUUCUGUGAGCUGCUUUCGUCCUUCCACUUUCCCUACCUGCACUGUGUAUGGCACAUCCUCAUCUGCCUUGCUGCCUACCUGGGCUGUGUGUGCUUUGCCUACUUUGAUGCUGCCUCCGAGAUCCCCGAGCAGGGCCCUGUCAUCAAGUUCUGGCCCAGCGAGAAAUGGGCCUUCAUCGGCGUCCCCUACGUGUCCCUCCUGUGUGCCAGCAAGAAAUCACCGGUCAAGAUCACGUGAUGGCUGGCUUCUCUGCUUGUUUUCCCUCCUGCACUGGGCUUCGCUUGCCGGCAAAGACAGCCGGUGGUUUGUAGAGUUGGGGGUAGGGUCUGUCUUCUUAGUAUUCUGUUCCCUUGAGCUCUGACUAGCGUGUCUGGCCCACCAGGACUGAGGAGGAGGGUCUGCCCCGUUCCCGAAGAUGGAAGUGCAGAGCUGAGGGCCACCAGGUAGAUCUUCUCAGUGUCCCUUCCAGAUGCAGUGACGGGUUGGGCUGUAUCCUUUGGGAUGGCAGAGCAGUCCCUUGGGGGAGCCUCAUUUCCCAGGAGGAGUUUGCUGCAGACCCCACCGUUCCCAUGGGCUCUCAGAGCGGACGCUCCUGCUGACAGACAGACUCUGACAGGCAAGACAGGCUGACUGAUGGAAGAUGCCAGGGAUUUUCAUUUGGGAAAACAGUCCUAAAAUAAAAGCAAGCCAAUGAAACCCACACAGGGCUUGUGGCUGAGGAGGCUACUGGUCCACUCGGAGACUCUCAGUAACUGGAUUUUACAUGUGCUUGUGAAUCCUUUCUCUACUACCUCUGCUGAGAGACGGGGACUUCAGAGGAGGGUGAAGCUGACGGAAAAACCCUGUGUGCCAAAAGCUACACUCCACUUUAAGCCAUUCUUGAAGAUGAGCACAUUCCUAAAUGUUGACGUUGUUGCCCCCCCCCCCCCAGCCCAGUGGCCUCCAACACACCGAGAAGAAUAGGUGUGUCUGAGCCCUCUGCACACAGACCCCUGCUCCUUACUGCUGAGCUCUGUAAGGUCAAGGCCCGGGGAUGGUCCGGGUGGGGAUCCUAGUUUAACAUCUGGAGCCAACACGAAGUUCUGGAAACUUCUGCUGAUGGGAAGCCUUCUAUUCUGGAAGUCCAAUAUUUCCUGCGGGAGUCGUACUCUGUAGUCUCACAGUACAAGGUGCUUCCUGCAGUUUCUCUGAGCAUCUAACGACUGCUUCUCUCGAGGACCGAGGGAACUACAUGCUGGCUCUUGGGGUUGCUGGUGCAGCGGGCAAAUCUGUUGCCUUCGGAGUUCUUCCUCCGCUCAGAUGACGCUGGCUACCACUAGCCUCUUCACUAGGCUGAAUGAAGACUCCAGCAUGGUCAUCACGAUGUGGGUGGGAAUACAGGGCCUCAGGGACACUCACUGAAGCUCCGACAUCUCCUGCCUUGCCGCAUUCCACCGUGAAAGAGCAGGAUGGAGGGGUCCUUGUGAGGACAGGAGUCGCGUCACCAAGGACCGAAGAGUUGGGCAGCACCAGCCCGCGGCAUGUCUGGGAACCCUUGCCUUACUUAGAAUUUUGUACAGGAUCUAAGGUGAAAAGUCCAAUGAGGAGCAAUGAACCAAGAGUUUAAAAAUGAAUGACAUCGUUCUCCUCCUGUGGUUUUCAAGUUACUUUUAGCAGAACCCUAUUUACACUAAGAAAUCUUGAUGGAACCCAAGUGUGAGAAAUGUGUUCUAUCCGUUUAUUUGAAGGUUAAACUUACCUAUUUCCCUAAUACCAUGCAGUGAAAAUGCAAGUUAAAUUGUGGUUUCCAUGGUAAAAAAUUUGGUGUUGAAGAAGUGUACCUGUUUAUUAUGGUUUAAAAAUAUACUUCGAAAAAAGGUAUUUAUGUAUUUGUGGGGUUCUGACGCACCUCUGAGACCUAGGUGGUUCCAUCCGAGUUUUAAAACUGUGGUCUCUAGAAUUUUUUUUUUUUUUUUUUUUAAAGAUUUUAUUUAUUUAUUUGAC